UUUUCAGGAAAAACGAGGAUAAUAAAGAAAAUAAAUUAAAUAUGGAUUCUGGAACAUCGACGAGUACAGAUCAAUUUUUUGGGAGCAAGAAAGAGAGCAAGAUUUAUUUACAGUUAAUAUCAAGUUUUAUAGUUAAUCUAGCAUUAUUCUCCGCCGGAAUUUCCGUCGGCUGGGCAACGAUCGCUGUUCCAAAGUUUGAAACCACCUCUUCCGAUAUUUAUAUAAAUCAAAAUAAUGGAAUUUUGGUAAUUAACGCGAUACCGGUAGGCGCCAUUGUUGGAUCAAUUUUAUCCGGUUUAUUACUGAACGUUAUCGGCAGAAAAUGGUUCCUCUACGCGACCAGCGUACCAUUCAUAAUCUGUUGGGUGCUCACCGCUUUCGCAAAUUCUUGGAUUGAAAUUUUAGUGGCAAGACUGAUAUCUGGUGUAUCGUUCGGUGCCUUGUACUCCAUGGCCCCAUUAUAUAUAGGAGAAUUGGUAGAGCAAAAAAUCAGAGGAGCGUGUAACACUAUGAUAUCCUUCAUGUUUAAUCUGGGAUACAUCUUCGUAAUCGGUCUUCAACCGAUUUUAAGUAGGAAGAAUCUGUCAUUUCUCAAUUUAAUACCGAUAGCUAUAUUUUUGUUAACUAUGCCAUGGUUACCAGAAUCGCCUUACUAUUACUACAAGAAAGGCAAGAAAAAUUCCGCAGCGCUGACUUUGGUAUGGCUAAGACGCAAGGAGGAGAACAAGGAGGAGUUAAACAGGAUAAAUAUGUUGAUAGAGGCGGAAGAUCAAGAUGGCUUCAAAAAAUUAUUCACGAAAGCGCCACACGGGAAAGCAUUGACGCUUCUAUUGCUGUUGAUGGCGGCUCAACAAUUGUCAGGAUUCGCAGCCAUUUUAUUCAACAGCGGUGAUUUGAUUAAAAAAUUCAAUGUACAAUUCGAACAGAAUUAUCUUCUUCUUAUAAUAAGCGGGAUAUCUUUAGUUGUCAGCUUAUUAUCCGCACUUACCGUUGACAAACUCGGCAGAAAGUCUGUUUUUCUAAUAUCGUCGUACGGCAGUGUUCUAUGCCUUCUCGCGAUUGGUGCCUAUUUCUUUGUCGAACAUAUAGGAAUGAAAGUCAGCAGUUACUCCGCGAUCCCAUUGGUCGCUCUUGCGAUUUACUUUAUUGUUUUCUCGUAUGGCUUAACCUCAAUCCCAUACGUAGUCUCUUCGGAAAUUUUCCCGACAAACAUGAAAAAUUGGGCAAGCAUGUUCUCUAAUAUUUUUGGAUUCAUAUUGUUCAUAAUCGUGUAUAAUGUUUAUCGACUUCUGAGCGACAAAUAUGGAUACGUAAUAUUUCUUGUCUUUGGCGUCAUCGAAUUUAUUAUCGGCAUCAUCUUAAAUAUAGCAUUACCGGAAACGUCCUGCAAAUCUUUUAACGAGAUUCAGGAAGUAUUGAAACAACACAAGACGAAAUAAAGGAAAGACAAUAAAUAAUUUGCAUUCUA